AUGAAAAAGGAUUUAUUGUGGAAAUUUAUUUUACUUUUCUGUUUAAAAAUGAAUUAUUCCAUGUUUCAAGAUCAUAUUAUCACGUGGGAUAUUGAUAACAAAUUAUUUUCAUCAAACGUAACAAUGUUCAGAGUAAAAGAAGGUGACAAUAUAGUUUUUAUAUGUCCUAGUGAUGUGAGAAGAAGUCAAAAAUUAUUUUGGACAAUGAGCAAAGAAACGUACGAUGAUUGUGGUGCACCUAGCUCGUCUCAAACUGUGAAGCUAUUGGACUGCAGUCAAAGCCCCAAAAACACAGAGUUCAUUUUAAAAGUAGCACAGUUUUCGGAAAUUCCUUAUUCUCCACAUUUUCGAGAAAACGAUUUUGUUUACUUUUUGGGUCAGCAUGAUUUAUGCUCGAUUUACAAUCUUCGUAUUGCUGUUAAAUUAGUCCCAGCUAAAAGUGUAAAUAAUAAUCAAGAGUUAUCAACAUCAACUCAGAAAUUAAAUAAUUUUGUUAAUGACAAAGAUAAUUCUCCUAAUACUGUUACCUCAGAUACAUAUAAAUUAAAUCCACACAGAACUGAAACAUUAUCAGCAUGGACACGUUAUAGAUUUCUUCUCAUUCCAGGAUCACUUGGUUUUCUUACAUUGAUUGGAAUACAGGCUGUGAUUUGUGCAUUAUGGCAUCCAAAGAAGUCAACUCAAUGUAGAAUAUGUUGUUCAUCACAUAUAGUAAAUAAAUCAAACGAUACAACUAAUGAUACAAAUGAAAUAUCUAUAACACCUAUCGAAAUGUUAGAAACAUCAUUUACUAGAAAAUCAUUUGAAAAUCAUCAAAAUCAAUCUAGUCAAACAAAUACACUCAUAACUCAAUCAACUUUAAAUGAACAAUAUAAUAAAGAAAAUUUUAUGAAUAAUUCUAAACAAAAUUCUGAUAUUGUUAACAUUGUACAAGAUACGUAUACAUUAAAUAAAUGUAUUUUAGAUAAAUCACCAUCUACUAUUCAAGUAAUUACAAAUAAUGAAGUACCAAUUUUAACAAUACCAACAACACAAACAUCAUUAACAAAUAAUAAUUAUAAUGUACAGUUUUAUACUUGUCCAUAUCCUAUUGAUAAUAAUUUAACAUGUUUAGUUCCAGUGAAAGUUAAUAAAUCCACUGACAUCUUUUCUACUGAUAUAGUUAAUUUAGGAAGUGUUAUUAAUAUAUCUGUAUAA